ACGUCACCAGCAGACGUCUUCCCCUGCUCCUCCGUUGUCCCUGUCCCAGGCCCCGCUGUCACCUGGCUCCGUGACUCCUCGCCCAGUCCGUGUCCCCAUCCUGAGCCCGGACACUGAGACCCGAUGGGGCACCUUCACCCAGUCUGCUGAUCGCCUGCCGGAGGAGGAUUCUGGGUAACAGGAAGAUCCGGUUCAGCGGCGCUCACCUGCCUUCCUAGGCUGAGCUGACUCUGGACAAUGGCGCAUCCUGUGUGAAUAGCCCCGUGCGCUGUGACCAUAGAAAACUGGACUUUUAUGACACUGGAGAGCUGUGAAUGAAGCUGGCGGGGUAUACAGUUCUUGGUUAACAGACCUCAAGAUGGCCAUUACACAGUUUCGACUCUUCAAAAUUUGCACUUGUUUCGCGUCUGUGCUUUCCUUCUUCAAGAGACUAAUAUGCAGGUCUGGACGAGGCAGGAAGCUAAGCGGAGAUCAGAUAACUUUGCCAACUGCUGUGGAUUACUCCUCUGUGCCUAAACAGGUGGAGGAAUGGAGCUCAUGGGACGAAGAGGCCCCAACAAGUAUAAAGAUUGAAGGGGGUAAUGGUACCUUGAAUUCUGCUGAAGAUGAGACUGAUUUCUUUAAGGAUAUGACUCCAACAAUAAGGAAAACACAAAAAAUCAUUAUAAAGAAGAGGGAGCCAAUUAAUUUUAGUGUUCCUGACGGCAAUUUAGGAAAUUUCUCCAGUAGACUGCUGCCAUCACAAGAUAUCCCAUUUGUACAUCAGUCUGCUGAAUUGGGCGAUUUGGAAACCUGGCAAGAAAACUCUAAUGCUUGGGAGGAAGAGGAAGAUGCUGCCUGGCAAGCAGAAGAUGUGCUAAGGCAGCAGAAAAUAGCUGAAAGAGAAAAAAGGGCAGCAGAGCAGCAGCGGAAGAAAAUGGAGAAAGAAAUGCUACGGCAAGUGAAAAAAGAGCAGACCAAAAUUGGUGUCAAAUUAUCCUAACAGACAAUGUCUUGUGGCACACAGCUGAAAUGCAGAAUUCCUCAAACAUUUCAACAGUUUCAGAAGUGACUCUUCGAUUGCAGAAAAGGCAAACCUUCUUUACACAUGACUGCUGGGACUUGUUUGACAGAUGAGUCCCAGUAUGUUUUUAAACCCUGGGAUUUAACUCACAGCUCUUCUCCUCAGUGUAGCGCAUGGAAUUUUUUAAGGUGAAAAAGGGUGUAAAUAAUUCAGUGGUGGUAUCUACUGCUCCAUUAAGCUUUCUGAAAAUAUGUAAUUAAUAAAGACUUUUAAAGAAAA